UCGAGUCGUGAAGAUGGUCGUGAAGCAUCACCAAACAAAAUGGUCUCUAAAGCAUUAAAGUGACGAAUCCUUUGAGUUCCCCCUUACGACAUUUUUUAAACGGAUUUCUUUAGAAAUUCACACGCCCGGGCCAACGGUACUCGAACUCAACUGGACAUACAAAACGGUCAAAUUCCUGAGAGGGGAAAAUUAAAUACUGAAAAGUGAUGAGUAAACGAAGACGGACUUCGUCUGUCGCGAGCAGAGGGAUCGACGAAGAAGAAUCUGAUUCUCAUCCGGCAGAAGUGAAGAAGAAAAGAAAACAGGAUCCGUCUGAAAUAGUACAACAACUUUAUGAUUUACUGAGGAAUCAUAAAAAAGAUGAUGGAACUCUUCUGUGCGAUUCUUUCAUCCGGGCACCUAAGAGGCGACAGGAACCAGCAUAUUAUGAAGUUGUUGCUAAUCCUAUUGAUAUGUUAAAAGUACAACAAAAGCUUAAGACUGACGAGUAUGAUGAUAUAGAAGAAUUUACCUCUGAUAUAGAGCUAUUAGUAUCAAAUGCAAAAGCUUUUUACAAGAGGACAUCGCAUGAAUAUAAAGAUGCUAACGAGCUUUGGGAGCUGUUGCAAUCUGCAAAGUCCAAGUUGUUGGACUGCCCACCAGUUGUCAUGAAACAGGAAAAAAAAGAGAACCAUGAAGACGAGCCACCACCGGUUAAGAAGAAGGUCGGAAGGAAGCCUAAAGCAGAAAAGCUAUUGGAAUUGGCUUCAAUAGAAUCAAAGAAAAGCGACGAUACUGAAGAUACAUCAGAGGGCUCUGCUUUUGAGGAGGAUGCCAUUUUGAUGAUGUGUGAAGACUUAUUUACUGUAGUGAUGACAGCGAUGUCAGAAGAUGAAAGGCAACUCCAUAUCCCUUUCCAACUCCUUCCUUCUCGGAAGGUCUGUAAAAGGUAUCCAAAGUAUUAUGAGGUCAUUGAGAAUCCAAUUGACCUCAGAACGAUAGCUAAAAAAAUUCAGCAGGGUAAAUACACAAAUCUUGGGGAUAUUGAGAAGGACCUUGUGUUAAUGACAAAAAAUGCCUGUGCCUUUAAUGAACCUGGUUCUCAAAUAUAUAAAGAUGCCAAAUAUCUUAAUAAGAUUAUCAAAGCAAAAAAAAUUGAAAUUGAACAAGGGAAGUACUUACCUACCGGAAAAGGAAGUGAAAGGAUAAGAUCUAAACGUCUAAGAAGUGGCCAAUCUUUGUCAGCAAUAACUGCUGCUUUGAAAAGUGAGGACGAAGAAGAAGAGGAAGAAUGUGACAGUAUGGUUGAGCAAGAAGAUUCUGAUGAUCCUUGUUGGCAAUUAUUCAAUACAAUCAAGAACUACAGUACACCACAAAGUGGAAAUUUAGCUGAACCGUUUCAUAAAUUACCAUCAAAACGGUACUACCCAGAUUAUUUUAAAGAAAUUAGGAAUCCAAUAUCUAUGACACAAAUUAGUAAAAAACUACAGAAAGGAGAUUAUGGAACAGUAAGCGAGGUUGCUGGUGAUUUAAAUAUAAUGUUUGAAAAUGCUAAAAAAUAUAAUCGGGCUGAUUCAAAAUUAUAUAAAGAUGCAGUGAAACUUCAAAAGUUGAUGCAAAAAAGAGUGAAAGAGCUUCUUGAUUUUGACCACCAGUAUUCAGCAAGUGAGGAUGAUUCAGAACCUGAGCCACAACCCAAGACACCGAAAUCAUCCAUCAAGCUUCCGCCUCAAACACCAUUGCCUGGAACGAUUGGCGGGCCUCCCCCCGGAACUCCGGUUACGCCUCAGGCUCCUGCCUCAACGACUAGGCUUUUAACAAGAGGCAAAUACCUCGAUAACAUCCCAUUAAAAAGGCGGCUCUAUUCUCUUUGCAAAUGUGUUAUGAACUAUGUUUGUCAAGAUGGUAGACAGCCGAUGUUGAUGUUUAUGGAGAAACCGUCGAGAAAGCUGUAUCCAGAUUACUACAAGGUUAUAGACAAACCGGUAGACAUGUUAACCAUUGAAGCUAAUAUCAAACAAGAAAAAUAUACUUCUGAGGAAGAAAUCCUAGCAGACUUCAAGCUCAUGUUUCAAAAUUGUCGUAAGUACAACGAAGAAGGAUCCAUGAUUUAUGAAGAUGCUUUAAAAUUAGAAAAAAUUCUAAUGAACAAGGUAAAAGAACUUGGUCCUUUGCCUGAUCCAGAGAAAAAGCCGAUAGAAAAAAAGACACCCAAAAGCAUUGGUGUUAAUGGUCCGAAGCCCAAAAAAUUGUUAACCCCAAAUCACAAUUCAUCUCCCAAAUCAUCAUCAUCAUCAGAUUCAAACCACAAGCCCAAGUUAUUGAAUAACAAUUCAGGUUACAAAAAGAAUUCUCCGGUUUUCAGUUCUGGCAUUCCUGGGCCCAAACCAAAACGGGUCUUAAUGCUUGGUCAAAAUUCACCUAAAGUAAUAGACCAUGCACUAGCUCAUAAACUUAGGACACUUUACCAUACUCUAAGGGACUACAAGGAUCCAAAAGGAAGGCAACUGUCUCAGAUAUUUUUAAAACUCCCAUCCAAAACUGAAUAUCCUGAUUAUUAUGAAGUUAUAAAAAAGCCAAUUAAUUUAGAACAAAUAUCUGCCAAAUUAAAGACAAACAGUUAUGAAGGCUUAGAUGAUUUAUGUAGUGAUUUUAUUUUAAUGUUUGAUAACGCAUGUAAAUAUAACGAACCUGAUUCACAAAUUUAUAAAGAUGCUCUAGCUUUACAAAGAGUUGCGAUACAGACAAAGCUUCAACUGAGACAAGAUGAGCAAAGUGUACCAGACGUUCCUUCAGCAGUCCAGGAACUGCUCACCUCCCUCUUUAUUUCAGUGUAUAAUCAUCAAGACGAAGAAGGACGAUGUUUCUCGGAUUCCAUGCAAGAGCUGCCUGAGCACGAUGAAGUUGAUGGCAAAAAAAUCCGUGCCCUGUCGUUAGACCUGAUUAAAAGAAGGCUGGACGGUGGGCAGUACAAAAGGCUGGACUUGUUCCAGGAAGAUAUUUUCUCAUGUCUCCAAAGAGCAAGGAACUUGAGCAGAAGUGAUUCUCAAGUUUUUGAGGAUUCAGUCGAGCUCCAGUCUUAUUUUAUAAGACAGAGGGAUGAACUUUGUCGAAAUGGAGAUUUACUCCAUUCUCCAGCAUUGAAUUAUACCCUCUUAGAUUUGUCUAAUGCAGUUGAUUCAGAACGGCAGACUAAGCAAGCUCUAGAACAGCCGGAGGAGGAACAAGACAUAAAACCAAUAAUAAAAGAAGAACAUGGUGUAAGCUUAGCUGGAACUGCUGAUAACGCUCUUUCCUACAACCAACAAGUAUAUAGGAUAGGUGAUUUUGUGUAUGCUGAGGGUAAGGAAAGAGGCAUGGAUCCGAUCAUUCUCAACAUUCAGAGGUUAUGGACAAACCAAGAAGGCCAACAAAUGCUUUAUGGGAAUCAGUAUUAUAGACCAAAUGAAACGUAUCAUGUCACGACGAGAAAGUUUUUGGAAAAAGAAGUAUUCAAGACUGAGCAGAAUGUUGCAAUACCACUGAAUCAAGUUCUUGGAAGAUGUUGUGUCAUGUCGGUAAAGGAUUAUUUCCGUUCCAAGCCUGAAGGUGUAGAUGAAAAAGAUAUAUACGUUUGUGAAUCGCGGUACUCCGCAAGGGCAAGAGCUUUUAAAAAAAUCAAAAAUUGGCCUCCGAGUUUAAUGACUGGAUACAAAUUAGUACCUAGAGAAGAACAAAUCGAACCAAAGAGAAUUAUGUCAGUAUUUAGGCAACGAGUUGAAAAGCAUAAAGAAGAAAUAGCAGAGCUAGAAGAACAUGAAAAAGUCAUCGUUGACAAAGAAAGACCAUUUUUGCCUUUUUUUCAGCAAAAUGUUCCUGUUAAUCCACCAAUUGAGAACAGUGAGGGUUUUACAUAUUACGAACAAAUAAAUACACCUGCAUGUGUAAUUAAAACUGGCGAUUGUGUUUAUAUGAAAACCGAUUCGGGACGGCAACUUAUAGCACAAGCUGAUUUUAUCUGGAUGAAUAAAGAUGGUGAAGCAUUUUUCCGUGGUCCUUGGGUUGUCAUGCCUUCGGAAAUACCACAUACUCCAAAUAGGCUUUUUUACAAACAAGAAGUAUUCCUUAGCACUCUUGAAGACACUCACUCUGUAAAUAAUAUAAUUUCUAAAUGUGUUGUCCUUGAACAUGCUGAAUACAUCUCCUGCCGUCCAACAGAGUUUAAUGAAAGUGAUGUGUACGUCUGUGAAAGUAUGUAUGAUGAAGCGAGAAGGAGUGUGAAAGAGCUACCUCGUGAAGGCUUAAAGAAAUACGCUCAUUCCUCAGCAGUUACCCAAGAUGAAAUAUACUUUUUUAGGCGGCUGAUUAAUCCAUCCAAAGUUAUGCUUCAGGUAUAUUCUGAUCACUCUCUCUCUCAUUCUCAGUCACUCACCCCAGUCAGUAACAACGUAUACAAUAAUCAGUAUGAUAAUUCGGUUGACUCUGAUGUAAUGAUGGAAGACUCUAUGGACAGUCCACCUUCUGGUGCUGGAGAUUCACAAACUCCCACGGGUGUCAAAAAGCAGCUUAAAGCAUCUGGAAAGAAAUUGGUCACUGGUUACAUCUUAUAUUCUGGUGAUGUACGGAAAGCUAUAACAACAAGUAAUCCGGAUUGCAACGUUGGUGAAGUCAGCAGGAUAGUUGGCAAUGAGUGGAGAAAAUUGCCAGCGAGUGAAAAAGCAGCUUGGGAAGAACGAGCUGCAAGGAUAAAUGAAGAGACAUCGGUGAAUAACAAGCCCUCUGAAGAAUCUCACCUCCCCUUGCCAUCAUCAGUAACUGAAACGGUUUUCGAGUGCGGUUGGGAAAACUGUGAUUGGCAGUUUGAAGAUGUCCAAGAUGCCAUCGAGCACGCCAUUUCCGAUGGUGUUGGACACAUUUAUCAACAUUUUCAAGCACUUAACAUUCCAGAUAUAGAAUAUCAAUGCCAAUGGAGGGGCUGCACAAGGACACGGAAAACUAUACCGCCAUUCCCAAAUUUGCAGAGAUUGGCACGACACGUUCGUGAGGUGCACCUGUUAAAAAGUACUGGCAGGGCUGUUACAUUAGAAAAUAGAAGCAAGAACUAUGUGCCAAAGGCAAAACCACCACCACCAACUCCACCACCCACAAGCCUUUCUGAUGCAGUUCAUGCUGCUAUUGCUGGUUUAUCCUCAAAUUUCACUAGGAAUACACCAUCUCCUAUGUCACAAAAUGGUUCGUUAGGCGCAAAUGGAAGGAUACCAGAACCUCUUUUUGUAUCGGUUCCUCCCAGGCCUCAAAGGCUUUUACAUUCAGAAGCUUAUAUAAAAUAUAUAGAAGGCCUUACUGUUGAAAACCGUAACAUUUGCAACUGGGAUAAGCAGCUGAGAGCGACUCAAGCGUCGAUAGAAGGUGUAGAUCUUAUCAAGCUCCCUGUUCACUGGUUAGGGAAUCGGGCCGGGAACCACGGAAAUGUACUCAAUGCACUCUGGACCUUGAGAGAUUUUAUGUUCAAAGACGCAUUAGGCAUAUCAAAGCAUUUGUGAAUUUAAACUUGAAACUCACGAUAUUUUAUUUUCUUAAGUUUUUAUUUCAGUGUAUAUAAUAUAUGCUUUACCAAUGAAAUGAGAAAUUUGGUAGAAAUAAUUUAGAAGAAUUUAAGAACUUACACCAGAUCUUGAAUUAUGUAUUGUAUUUAAACUAAUUUUUACUUCUUAUUAUUUUUCAAAAAAAUAAGAAUUGAAUGUUAAUCUUUCAAUGAAAGACAUUCGAUAGAAAAAAACAAAGCUUUAUUAAAUUAAGCAGCUUUUUUCAGAUUACUGAAACACACAAGAAUUUAGUAUGAGUUUUUAUUUUUUGUUUUUUACUAUUUAAAUUACUAUUAAUUAAAUGAUAAGGACAGUUUUUUUGUGUUGAUUAAUAAUUUAUUGUUUACAAAUUGGACUGCAGAUAAUUUUUUUGACUAUUUUUUCAUACUUGUAAGAGUUAGGUAUGUUACAUUUCUUUAUUAAAAUACCUAUAAAAACAGAAAAAAAGGGUAAGAAAAAAUAUUUUACCUUAUGACUUUGUAUUAAACAAUAUAUAAAUAUUAUAAAAUUAAUGAUAAAAGUGUUAGUGAUACAUUCAUAACAUUCUUUUGUGUAAAUGAACAGUUUGUAAUACUCUAACUUUUCAUUUUCAGAAUCGCCCGAAUAUUUUGUGUUUUGUUGUCCAAAUAAAUAACAAUUGUGUUAGAAAUUUAAUAUUUUUCAUAUCAAAAGACAAGGGCAAAGUUUUAAAUCAAAAAUGUAGUGUGUCUUAGACAUGCCUUGUACAGCUAUGAUUUCCAAACUUUUUUAAGGUCUCAAAUAAAACAAUUUUCUGAAUUUA